AUGGGUGUCCUAAAGGCCCUUGCCGUUGUUGGCUUUGCUUGCACUCAAGCUGUUCUCGCCGUUCCCGUUCAAGAACCACAGCCAGCAGCCGACGGCCUCACCGAGCGCGAGUUUUACGCUGGAGACUUGGCGAUGACCGAAAAACUCUUGUUUUAUACGUCUCUCCCGGAUUUCAUGCAACAUUGGCAUGCACAGGACCCUGCCGACUUGUAUUGGCGUUCCGAUGCAUGCUCCCAUGCGCCCGAUAAGCCAUUCGGAUUCAACUUCAAAGAUUCAUGUCGCCGCCACGACUUCUGCUAUGCGAACUUGUAUCGACAGAACCGUUUCACUGACAUUGCGAAAGAAUAUUGCGACGGUCAGUUCCUCGAGGACCUCGAAAACGAGUGCAGCAGCCAUGAACAUGAUGAAAUGUGCAGAGGCGUGGCCAAGGUGUAUGCGGGCACGGCUGCAUUGUUUGGAGGCGAUUCCAUUGGAAAACACAACGACGUGAAGAAGGUUUGGGACAAAUUCGAGAGUAUCCAGCCUCCAACCACGAUGGUCUGCAAGGACGACAGCGAAUGGAGUAGCUCAAGGCGUUCCAGAAAGCGAGCGAUCCAGUGCAGGGAGAUUCCGAUCGACUACAGCAAGUCGACCUAUUUCCCUUGCCGGGGCAACAGGGGCAUACCUUGCGAUCACAUCGUCCCAGAUAAGAAUUACAUCUACGAGGAUUGCGAUGCGAAUGGACGCAACUGUAUCGUGUCCUUGGCGCCUAGCCCUCCGCAAGAUUAA